CUCCUCUGCCUCUGCAGGUUUGGUGUGUGAGUAGCGAUGACUCAGUGAAGCACAACAGCAAAGUGAGGCUGGCAGACCCUCCCCUGUAGUUUCCACUGCUGAUCCUCAGCCUCUGCAACUGGAAGAAGAGAAGAGAAGAGAGGAGCUGCACUGUGCCACUGGACCUGAUGGAGAAGAAGCCAACAUCUUCUCAUCAGUACGGUUCACUGGAGCGCACUGAAUGGAGCAGAGACGCCAGCAAACCAGAGGACGAUGUGGUGUCCAUGGCGGACUCCACCAUCACCGUGGAUGACAUUGAGGGGGAGCUCUUUAAGAUUGAGAGGAUCAGAGACGUCCUGGUCAGGAGGGAGUCAGAGCUCAGAUACAUGAUGGAUGACAUUCAGCUGUGCAAGGAGAUCACUCGACUGAAGAAGGAGCUGCACAAAUUAGUGUCUGUACCAGAUAAUGACAAGUCCAGCGAGGACCGGCAGAAGGAGGACGAACUACUGCAGCAGAUACACAAGUUGGUGGAGACAAGGGAUUACCUGGUGGACGACGUGGAGUUUGAACGACUCAGGGAGAAAGAGGAAGAUAAAGAAAUGGCUGAUUUUCUGAAUUCCAAAUUCCCAAGAAAUUUAAUGAAGAAAGGUGUACCGACCAGACGGGUGCCGUCCAGGGCUCAGCAGACCUCCUCUCCCUUCACCAAAACCGGCCUCACUCUGCUGAAGGAGUGUUGUGGCUUCACAUGCUCCAUCAUGUAGACAAAAGAGUCAAUAUUUCCAGUUUCAGCUUUUCAGUCCAAGAAAGACUUAGUAACAUGGGCGGAGCGGUGCAACAGUUUCCCAGAGGGAGAGCGUAGGGGGAUGCAAAGUUGAUAUGGUGUGUUUUUAAUCCGAGGACCCAAGUUUGUCAUGUGUUUGUCUCUAUAUCUCUUUGGAUUUUAUAUCACAACGUCAUUUUUAUUCUCUUGCUCUACUCCCCCACAUGCCGGUUUUCAUUCUUACUCUUGUGAAUCAUCGCUGCUCAGCCAACUUAUCCUGAUCAAUUGUUUCCAAAAGGGAGCCACCUACUGCAACAUACUGUAUAAUUAAGUUCAACAUGUUUGAUAUAUAUCCUACAUGCCACCUGGAUUCACAACACAACCACAAAUUGUAUAUUUAAAGACAUAACUGAGCGAUAACUGUCAUCCCUCAUUAAAAAGUAACAGGCCACUCUCGACACACGGCCGGAACUUUAUAAUUAGCAUGACGGAGAUAACACUAAUGAAACUGACAUUAAUCUGAAGCUCUGUUAUGAUGGACCUAUCUUUGGCUUGACUCCAUCUGAAUGGAUUUGACCUUUUGAAAACUUUUUUUCUUACUAACCGUCACAGCUGCUUUGUGACAAGACCAACCCUUCCUGUUUCACAAUGAGAACUGACAGCAGAAGGGGGAAAUAGUGAUUGCUGUGUUUUUGGUGGGACACAUACAGUAUAAAACAUACAUCGUUAGACAUCUAUGUGGUAAUAAAAUCACAUGAACAAGCCAAGGUAUCAGCUUAUAGU